GCCAACGGGUCAUAGAUGUUGGAAAUUGAUGUAGAAGAAAUCCACCGUUUGUUUUGAAAUUUGUUAUUGCUAUACCUUAGCCAUGGUAAAACUUUUGAAAAAAAAACAUCAACAUGAUAAAGAUAAUAAGCCGCCCAAAGAGGAUGCAGAUAAAAUAGACGAAGAGAAUGCCGAGAAUGCCGAGAAUGCCGAUAAUGCCAAGAAGCAAACGAGUGCCGAGAGUAUCAAGAGUCAGAAGAGUAUCAAGAGUCAGAAGAGUGCCGAGCAUGUCGAGUUUACAGAACAAGAGAAUGAAAAGAGUGAAGAACAAGGGGAGACAAAACACCGUUCAAAGUCUGACAAACCAAAAAAAUCAAAGAAGCAUGAUGAUAAGAAAACUCGGAGGAAACAUCGAGACAAGCAUCACAAAGUGAAACGGUGUGAAUCUGAAGAUGAAUCAACACUACUCGAUGACAUUGUCGUGUACUUUCACGAAUCAGCACAACCAGUACAUAAGGAUAUUUCAAAGAUGUUUGAUAGAGGCUUUGGAGAAAAUGCUGAUGCUAUUCUUGCACGCAGGAAAAUAGACCUACACAUCAGGUUAGCAGAUGAGCACAUGUCCGUGGUUGAUGAAGGACUGAAUUCGGCUAAGUCGUCUCUUGCAGAAUGCAAUAAUGACCUGAAAAAUUUCAAGAAAGAUGUUCGCAAACUAACUUGUAUCCAUCGGGAGUCCUUCGACAAACAAAAGAAGAAGACCUGGAAGCAGAAAGAUAGGAUCAUAACACUACAAAAGGAACUGACUUCCAUCCAUGAACAGAGUGGUGAGUUGAGGAAGAAGCUGGACGUGGCGUCAGGAGCUGAACACAACCACGCUAUCAUCGACGCCUACGACAAGUUCAACAAGAUAAUGGAAGAACUCAAAAAUGAAACCGAAUCGAACAAAGAAUCCCUCGCGGUGUGGAACGAAAGUGUUAUGGAAGCGGCCGAUCGCAUCCAGCUGGAGAUGAUCUCAUUUGAGAGCCGGGGAGCCGCAAUGGACCACGACAUGAGGCGGCUGUUUGAGGAGCACAAAGAUCUCAUCGAUGCCCUCUCGGCCAAAAACGCAACUCUCGGCUCAAAGCUCAGAGAAAAAUCUAUAGCGCAGAUCGACGAACGAGUCACACAGAGGGUUCAAGCCAAGCUUGCAUCUUUGCAGGGACAGGGUCCGGGACAGAGCCAAGAACCAGCUGUGGGACAAAGCCAGGGACCAGUGCCGGAACAGAGCCAGGGACCAGUGCCAGAACAGAGCCAGGGACCAGUGCCGGAACAGAGCCAGGAACCAUCCCUGGAAGCGGCUGAAUCACAGGACUUGCCAGAGGUGGAUGAAGCGGAUCGGCAAAAGCUUGUUGAUGACAUAACCAAACUACAGCAGAAAUAUCCUGACAGUAGUCUGAGUCAGAAGAGUCCGGAAGAGAUGAAAGCACUGGAGUUCCGAAAGUGGUAUGACAACGAGAUCAAACAGAGGCGAGAAUGGCUCAACAGUCAGGUUGAAAUUUCCACUCAACAAGACACUAAGUACAUUCCGGCGUCUGAGAGGACACAGCCGAGACACGAGGCACAGGAGCGGUACCGACAGAAACAAGAUGAAGACUUGCAGCUAGAAUCCUCGAUGGACACUGGGGCAAUAGUAACUGUGGAGAGAUCAGUGGAGAGAACGUAUGUAAAUCCGGGUGAAGGUGGAUCGACAUCAAGUAGCCAAUCACACAACACGAAAGUCACAGUGUAUGGUCACCUGGAUGAGUGUAUUUCUAAGAUCUGUGAAACAGAUCCUUCAGAAAAACGCCAACCAAAGGAAUGGAAUGUACCAUAUUCGAAGAACGCAGCUCGUAAACAAUAGGAUAUUUUCCAAGGGAUUUCACGCCACCAUUACCAUCUACAACCCUACAUGUGUGGAUUUUAAAAUCCACUAAAUAAUCACCCUGCACAUGAAUGGAAUAAACCGUUUUAGCAACGGGUCUUCUUAACUGUAUGAAAUAAGACUAUAGAGAGGCGUAGCAGUCGGUUUAAUUGUUGUGUUUUUCCUAGAAAUUUGGCAACGCAUGGUAGACUAAACACUUUUGGGUAAUUUUCAGGGCACUUUUUGGUUUUAUUAAAAGCAAAAAAACUAUUUGAAAUAAAAAUAAAUGUAAUUAAUAUGCUUCUUUUAACAAUUGAAUGGCAAAGUAUAUAAUAGGGAUAUUUUAUUAUUUACAUUUUCCGAGUAUUUUGCUAAAGGCAGUUUUAGAAUGAAUUAUUAAAAAAGGCUUGUUUAAAUCUCAGGGCAGCAUGGUGAAAGAUGGAGCUAGAGUAUUGAAGCAUGGUGGCACGUAAUGCUAAAACAAGCUAGGGAAAACACUAAAUUGUAAAGAGUGGGAAGCAAAUUGCUGUGAAGUCACUAUCUCCACUUGUGGUCACCUAUCGCCAUCUGAAACAGUAAUGGGUGACUGCGAAACCUCUUCUUUUUUUUCUAAUGGCAGCAUUAAAAAGAAUUCCAAACAAACCCCAAAACAUUAAUUUCCAUUGAUAUUCUAUGAUACCCCUCAACAAGUGCAAUAACUCUUAUAAAUUAUUUGUUUGUUUGUAAAUGUGAUGUAUGAGGUUUUUUAAUGUUGAUAUCUUUGUAAAUAUUUCAGUUAUUUUUUGUGGGUUUUUUUUUUUUUUUUUUUUUUUUUUUUUUUUUUAAAGAUUAUGUCAUAAAACAACUGGUAGAAUUCCAAGUUGGUUUGAUCUAGGUUGUUAAAUAUAAUAACGUUUUCAAAAGUUUAAUAUUACAUAUCAUCAGCCUUUUAGCAUAAUUGCCUAAUUCAUUUUUUUAGCUUUUGAUGCCAAUGGUAAAAAACACGUAUUUUUAUACAAACAAAAAUAAAUUCUUUGAAAGUUCUAUUAUUAUUUUGUGAAUUUUUCCAGUUGAUAUGUGAUUUAGACUGGGAUCAUACAGUAUACAGUUUUUGUUUUACAUCUUUUUUUCUCUCAUAAUACUUGUAUUCUUUAAUUAAUAAAGUUAGUAUUUCUUAAAUAGUAUGAUUCAUAUUACAAACAUCAAUAUACAAAGCAUACAGUAUUCAAAUAAGACAUUGGUAAAAACAAAAACAAUUAAUAUACAAUAAUCUGUUUUCACUUGUCAACUGGACUUUAUUUUUUAAAAUUAGUUUUUACUUGUACUUUAAACACGAUGACAUUGCAGAAUUUACAUGUUUGAGUUUUCAGUACAUAUAUUGUUCAAGCAUUACAAUGACUAAGUCGAUAUUAGAAAUAUUGUUUUGGGUUUUUUAGUUUUUAAAUAUACUAAUAUAUAAGUUUUUUGUUAAUAGAACUGGGCUCAUUGAGCUUGCAAGUUUCUGUUGGACAUAACUUUAUUAAUAAAAUAAGUUGUAGUAUAUAUUUCAUAAUUAUAAUUAAAUAAUUUGAUCUCAAGUUACCUCAAGUUUUCUAUAGCACCACCCAAUCAUGCAGUUUUGUAUUAUUUAGCACAAUAUUUAUUGUGAAAUAAUAAGAUAGAUUUAAGUACUUAGUAUUGUUAGACUUCUAUUUUACAAUCAGGAUUCUUGUUGUGCAGUAACAAAAUAAGUUUUUAAAUGUAUUUGGUAAUUUUGGAUAUAUUUUUAAGUUGUAAACCCAGUGCUUGUAACCAAUUGGAUGUUUUAUGCUUUAGAUGUUUUUGCAAUCCUUAUACCUGUCGUAUGUUAACCAAAUGGCUUGAUCUAUUUGGUAUUUUUUGCUGUUCACAUGUAGUUUUGUGGUUUAAAUAGUUUACAACCUUGGUAUCAGUAGGUCAUGUUUUACACUGACCAAAUACAUUUAUUAAUUUAGUAUUUUUAUUAUUGUCAAUAAUAUAGUUCAUUGCUUUAAAUAUUUUACAACCAUAAUACAUUUGGACAUAUUUUAGUAUGUUGUCUGGUAUACAAUUUUGUAUUUUAUGUUAAAUGUGUAUUUUCAUAUGUCACAAAGAGCAGUGUUUUCAAUCAGUUGUGCCUAUAUAGAGCUAGUAUGUAACCAAAUCAUAAUUUUUACACAUUUUAUAUAUUUUUUAAACCAAUAUCUGAUAUUUAACUAGCCGUAUCUGAAUUAACAUUGAUUUA